AUGGACACAGAACUGGACGAAAUUUCUGAAAGCCUCGAUCGCAUUGGAUGUGAUAGCGAGGAGGCACUUCGCCACAACUGUUCUCAAGAGUUCGAUGUUCCAAAGUUCCCAAUUGAACGCAGCGAAAUUAGAAACCAUUUACUGUCACGUUCCAUGCACGGCGAUCAGUCCACCAAGAUGCAGGCUCCAGCCUCAACCACCGAGGAUGUUCGUUUUCAUCUCUCACCCGAGAAUUGCACCAGCAAGUCCAUUCCGAAGGUCGUAAAGUCCACAGGACUGGAUUUCACGCUGGACGAGCAACUGGUUGAUACGCAGUUCAGCGUCGACGAGGACGUCUCUAAGGUGAACGUCACCUGUUCCGAGAUUGACAGCGCCUCGGGCAGACGUUUCGUCGACUAUCAGCGCGUUUGCAUCGGAGGCGACGACACGUCUGGGGUUAGUUUGUGA